AUGAGAUAUAGCUUGGCCCUUCUCUUUGUGCUACUUGGCCAAGGGCUGGCGUUUCAUCCCACACGGGUAACAUCUGACUCAAGAUCGCACACUGAUAUCACUGAAGAAGCACUGCUGGGAGAGGCAGUGGAGUCAUGCAAGGCAGUAGCAACUGCAGAGGGGAAGGACUUCACUCCACCCGUGGAACAGACUGCGGAGAAGGUGCUCGAUGCAUGUCUGAAAGCGUUAGAAGGCAGCGAUGCAGUGUCAGCUGCUAGGUUCAGGGAGCUCUUGGAUGAUAUCAUCACUGCAAACACUCUGGUGGACACAAACCUGUUCAACAGCGCCCCCCAUCACUUCAGCGAUGAGGCCUUCAUCAAGGCACGUAGCCUCAUCACUGAGGGCGUGGUCAGCAUUAGAGCCAGCCUGGCAGCGGACAACAUGGCAGCGGCGAGGCGGACCUUAGGUGCCGUCAGCCACACCCUUCAGGAUUUCUACAGUCACAGUAACUGGGUUGAGUUGGGAAAUACAAAACCAUAUGCCAGUCUACUACGACCAGACCUCCCUAUGGAAAAUCUUGCAGAUCCUGACACCCCGACAUGCAGGAAAUGUGAAGAGUUUGUUUGUCCGAACCUCAUCCUUCCAAACAUAUUAAAGUCUAACAUACUUACAUCAGGGUACGAUGAAAGCCGUGGAAUCACCAAACCAGCAGGUAAAUGUAGCCAUGGUGAUUUAUUCAGUGUUGGGAUCCACAAGGAUGACCCUGAAUCUGACCUUCAUGAUCUUGCUGCAAAGCUAGCCACUGAUGCCACUGUUGACCUACUGCGAAAUAUUCGGAACACAGCAGGGGACCAUCGGUUUCUGAAGAUGCUGGGCAUCAGUCGUUCCUCUGUCUUGUGUUUUGUGAUCGAUACCACAAAUAGCAUGAGUGAUGAUAUAGCUGAGGUUCGGAGACUAACCAAUGAAAUUAUCGACAAGAAACGAGGAACAAAUGAUGAACCUUCUUUCUAUGUCCUUGCCCUGUUCAAUGACCCAGAUGUGGGACCAGUCAAGAGUACCGCUGACGUGGACGAAUUUAAGAAGAUGAUAGCUGCAGUUGCUGUGUAUGGAGAUAGAAACUUUGAUUUCCCUGAAAAAAGUCUCUCCGGGCUACAGCUGGCCCUCACUACAGCACCUCCUUCAUCUGAAAUGUACCUUUUCACUGAUGCCGCCGCCAAGGACACAGAAUUAGAAGGGGCGGUCCGUUCUCUGAUUGACAGCACCAAGUCAAAGGUAUCGUUCCUGCUAACAAACAUCUUGUCUAGAAGGAAGAGGAGGAGCGUGGUGUCAAACCGUGAUAACAUACUGUAUGAGAAACUAGCCAAACUAUCUGGUGGACUGGCCAUUGAGGUGUCCAAGAGCACCUUGCCUCUAGCCACUACUGUUAUAAUGGAUCUUGUUUCCUCUUCACUGGUAAACCUGUUUCAAGUGUCCAGGGAUUCAGGAAAGGACGAGACUUUUUCAUUCCUGGUAGAUCCAUCAGUGCACAAUGUGUCCAUUUACAUCAUUGGGUUUUCUGUGAGCUUCACACUGAAGAGCCCCACAGGUGUGAGUCAGGAAAGCACAGUGAAAUCAGGGCCUUUGGGGGAGAUAUCUGCAGUGGGAAAUCUUCACGUUGCUCAUUUGACGGAGCAAACAGGAACGUGGCAAAUCAGCAUUAGAUCCACCCGUCCAUACAACAUCAGAGUUAUAGGCCACAGUGUGCUGGAUUUCCUGUACAAAUUCAUCAGAUAUUUCAAGGGUCUUCAUCCUGGAUUUGUGGAGAUAGAGGGACGGCCCUCAGCAGAGGGGAAUUCGACUCUCAUGUUGAGAGUUGUAGGUGCUGAUUCCUUGUCUGAGGUCGAGCUGUCAGUCUUGGAUGCAACUGGCUCAUCUACACUGAGACCCAGCAUGAGGGAGCUGGACAGGGGGACGUUCUUUGCUUUCUUUCCAACCCUCCCAGACGGCCCGUUCACACUGCAGCUGAGGGUGCAGAGGAUUCUCAUUCUUCACCCUGGAGUUCCCUUAUCUGUCCCCUUCAAUGUGACUGCGAGUGGGAAUGUGGGUACAGCUACAAUACAAGUUCGAGCCACUCAGAACUUUGUGGCUUCAUUCACACCCAGUUCGGUCACAUUGGCUGCUGGCAGCAGUGCUACGGGUACGCUGAAUCUCUUAGCUCCUCCCAGCACUCCAUCAGGCUCCGCCUGCACCAUAACCAUAGUGGCGGAAUCGACCGGAACAGGGCAGUCUAACUACGCCAUCGUCCACACGACCGUCAUGAGCAUGAUCACAGACCUGAAGCCGCCUACAUGCGUUGAGUUACACAGGAGCCCAAAAUGUCCCAUAUGGGAGAUCUCUUUAGCCAUGUCUGACGGCGACGGGACGGGCAUCGAAAAAAUCUUCCAUCGCGGCGCUGACGGCAACAUAACCAGCACCGUGACCGACACGCAGACCUUGGUCACCUUCUCGGCCUCUUGCUGUGAGGAGAGUGUGGAGUUUGUGGCUGUGGAUCAUGUUGGUAAUGCAGGAACGUGUUCGUUCACAAUCAGUACCCCUCCAAAGAGUACUUAG